ACGAUAUGCUAGGACGGCUUCUGCAUCUUGGCUCCGGCGGCCAGUCUACGGGUGGUCCUAUUCAGUCCAACAACGGCUCCCGGCCCAUCCUCUCACUGGAAUCCGUCCAAGAAGACUCGCACACCCGCAACCUGCUGUUUCCCGACGCCCAGGAUCUCUACCAACAUCGCAAUGACCAAGUCUUUCCCUUCUUCACUGCUCCGGCGGCUUCUUCCGCCUCUCCGGCCAACGCCUUCGAUUACAACGAUGAUAUCGAGCUCGAUGUCAAGGACGUCCGCGUCAUCAUCAUGCAAGAUGCGCUAGGCCCUACCAAUGCAUCUCUCCUCUUUGAUAGCCACCCCCUUCCCGAGUCUGCGGCCGCCUCUGAGAGGCAUUCCACUGCUGCCCCGGAUGCGAAGAGGACAGCCGCCUUCUCGCCUCGCAAGGGGAGCCAGAGCCAGGCCCCUCGGCCAACCGUCACUCAUACCGAGAGCUCUCAGUUUCGACAGGGUGCUUUUGACCGCCGGGCUUCAGUGCACAGCCGUAGCCACAGCUUUGGAGAGACGGAUGGGCAGAGGGCUGCGCGUGAGUACCGAGAGGAGCUGGCCACCUUUUCCAGCUGCAUCUUUGGUAACUCGGAGCUCAUGGCUUACAAGGGCACCUCUACAAAGGUCCACGUUGUGCCUGCCGAGCCUCGCGCCCCAGAUCACGCGAGCUCCGUGUUUGGAGACGGCCGCAGCUCCAUUGGGCGUGCCGCUGGCCGCUCAAGCAAGCUGUCUCAGUCUUACUCGUCCCAGACCGUGUCUCCAACGAAUCCGCCGCUGCCCACUGGCGCUUCUACUCCGCGUCAGAGUGACCGUAAAAAGGUCCUCAUCACUCGACUGUUCCCGGUGACCCUGGCUGCCGACGACUUGGAUAGUUCCGUCACACCCCCUAGCCGAUACUCGGAUGACAAUGGCGGCGGCUUUCCCUUCCCGCCCACCGGUGACGAGGCCACGCUGAAGAAGAAGAAGCUGCAGCCCAAGCAGCGGCGCACGCCGAUGUACGCCGUCGUGCUUGUGGUACAGCUUCCACCGUCACCGUCACGCAUCUCUUCGGCCGUACCCCCCAAGCCUGCCUUUCGCGAGUCAGGAUCGUACAAUGACCAAGAGCUGUUCUCUUCGUCCUACAGCUCGACUCGUAUGUCUGGCUGGAACAUGUCCGGCUCGGGCCUUUACGGUGAAAAUACCGACUCGUCCUUUUCCAUUGACGUCGAGGAUCGCAUCGACUCGCUUACGAAGCACUGGGACAUCAUCAUGCGCACCCUGACUCAUCUCCAGUCCGUCGUCGCUUUCAGGUUGCACACCAUGCUCAAGCAAACAGACAUGGCCUCCCCGGGGCCUUAUUCGGCUUCUUGGGCAACCGCGGGCUCCAGAAGGCCGUCUCUUACCACUGACAGGCGUUCUGACGAGCCCCGAGCCAAGCCGCCCAAGGGCACCACCAAGCUCGUCUCUCUCCUGCCCAACUGUCUCUCCGAUGACGUGCAUAUUGCAUCCGAGGUUGGCCUUGCCAGGUCACGGAUCGUCAUGGGCUUGAGCGCCUCCCGAGUCGUCACUGGACAAGGGCGUUGGGGAAUAUGGCGCGAUGAGGCCAUCUGGACCUGCAAGUGGGCGGCCGGACUGAGCCAAGGCUUCUUCCUGCACACCCUUCUCACCGGGUUCCUGGCCACCCACAUCGACUGGCUUCAGGCACUCAGCUCCCCCACAUACAGGAGGCGAGCACAACUUCGAAGACAGAAUCAGAAUGAAGAUGACCUGUCGCUGCCGGCGCGGACCAUUAUCGUGGCGGACGACAAGAUGGCCGCACGACGCAUCAUAUUUCUGCUCUCUGCGUUUCUGCCGGCGAACCAGCACGCCCACGGUCCCCGAGUGCACCGGCCCAGCACGUCGGCUUCGGUUGGCGCUUUCUCCAAUUCGCCUCCCUCCUAUGUGGUUCCCGUUGUCCGUGAAGAGUCCCUUCGCCGCAAGAUUAACCGUCGCACCGGCUUUGGGCGGGCUUCGCACUCGAGGACAGCCAGCCAAAGCACCAGGGGCGGCGCGGUCGCGUCCCAGACGGGCCAUCUGAAUGCGGCGGACCAAUCCAGCCAUCACAGGCGCGCUUCCGACGCUGCCUCAAUCCGCACCACCGGACUCCCUAUUCCGGGCCACGACUUGAUGAGCCGCAAAAGCAGCGUUGCGACUUCUACCAUCGUGCAGGACUCGACGACUCCGCACUUCUCGACUAUUCAACGGGCCGACAGUCUUAGGUGGCGACGGCCCGGAAGCAGCGGCAGUGCGGCGGCGGAUGACCUGAAGCGGUCCCUGAAAAGGGGGGAAAGCGGCGGAGGUGUCAAUGCCCGGCCACCAAGCCAGGGGCUGCGAUGGGGCAACAUCAUGAGCGGGCUGUGGAGCGCACGUCGUCGCGAGUCGAUGGACAGCGGCAGCACGUAUAGCCAAGCCAGUGAUCUCCGGUCUCCGAUUAAGACGGGCUUCUCUCAGUCCAGCAAGCUGACUGACAUGGUUCGGGAGCUCAGCCUCAACGAGGAAGGGCCUGAGGGACCUGAAAGACGGACCGGAAACUUGCGCCGCUCAAGCAAUGCUAGGGAUCUCGACGUCAUGCGGGAGCCCGCCGAUCGCGGCCGAAAGUCGUUCACUCAACUCGACAGGACGCCUGAUCCCACCGGUGCCUUUGAAUCUCCCGUCAAGACGUCCAUCAACGCAGAUGAUGGUGUCAUUGAUGUCGAUGUUCCCUUUCCCGAUUACAUUGCCUCGUUCGAGUCUGCCAUCAGCUCGCCCUCCAGCAGCGGAUAUCUUUCGACACCAGGCCUGCCCGGCCUUGAUUCCUUUGAGCAGACUGGACGCAUCGCGAUCGAUGGUGAUCUGCCCCUUAAUGCGGCCGGCUGGUUGAAUCGAUUCCAUCGCGACUUCAUCUUGCAGGGGCUUUCUCCUCAGGAAGGCCUCAUCGACGAGGUCAAGGCGGCGCUCAAGGCUGAGCCGAUACCGGUAGUCGCGCAAUCCGGCCCCAACGACGUUGCCGAGCGCUGGGUUGAUGUCAGCUCUGCUCUCAUCGCCGACACCACCACGGACUCGAUUGUCCGCAUCACUUACCGCCGACUUGUCAAGCCAAAGCCGGAGGCGGAAAAGCCCGUGAUUGGGGGGUCUGUCACCACUCCCUCCUUUCUGGCCCAUGAGACCAUGUUGGGCGAAGAGUGGAUUGAGGAAACCGUGUCUGUGCCUGAUGACAAUUUGGCAGAAGCUUUGGAGAAGGUCAUUCACCUCAUCCCAGACUCUAGUAAGGAGCAUUCUUCCGCCUCUUCGCAGGUCCACGUCGAGGUACUGGACCCUCUUGAGCGCACCGGUAGCACCAUGCCGGAUACGCUCUCUGAGGUGACGCAGAUGCCCGAGCCUCCUGUCCAGAUACCGCGGAUCAAGUGCAAGACGGUGGUUCUGUCAGCCCUAGAGGACACCAUCCGAGAGGUGAUUGACCAUGACGAUGGCAACACCUUUGGGCGCAAGCAACAGAGCCCAGCUAAUGAGAGCCUGCUGCGCAAAGCGGUCAGGCAGUGGGCAAGCCGUCUUGACUCUGGCGAAUGA